AUGGAUCAAAUAUCCAUGGUAGUAAAUCAAAUUGUACCAGGCGGAAACGAUGCGGCUGUGGGAACCGCAGUACUAUCUGCAAUGAACGCUAAUUUUGUAAAUGGAUGGCAUACUUUAACAGUUAAAUUAACCGGACUGGGGACAUACAGUGCAUUUAUCACUUUUUUUGGAAUAUCAGGACCUUUCUCAACAGUGCUAAUUGAUUCUUUUCGUUACGUUCCACCGCUGAUGAAUCCAGAGCUAUGCAUUAUUUAUGAAAACAUAGAGCUAACUACACAAACAACAGAAGAAACUAAAAGCACGUUGAUAUUAAAUACAAGUACCACUCCUGAAAAUCCACAAACAUAUUCAGAAGUAACCAAUACUGAGUUAAAUUCAUCACCAUUUUCACCUAACACUGAAGAAUCUACAGAAUGGAUAUCAACAACUGACGGAACUGCAGUCACAAUUACAACGAAAAGUUACACAACAAUACCAACACCAACUACGUCAACGCAAGAUUCAACGGAAAGCACAAAUACAAUAGAGUUAUCUACAGUUAACAGUUCAACCCAGCAUGAUAUAACUUCUAGUAUUUUUAUAACUACUAACACGGAAACAACUACAGAAAAUGGAACAACAACAUCAGAAAAUAAUAGUACUGUAAUAACGUCUAUAGCAGAAUCUACCACAUUAACCAAUACUCAGCAAUACGUUACUGAAACAGAAGACACAGCUAACACAGACCCAACCACGCGAACUGAAGUCCCUAGCAUAGUAACUACCACUUCACUAGAAGUUACUAACAAUUAUAGCACAUCAGAGUUCACAGCAACAGAUCUAGAAAUGACAACAUCUCAAAGUGUUGAAACAACGCCCCAAACUAUUGCUAUAGGGACAGAAACAAGCACUCCUCUCAAAACAUCAACAACAACUUAUGAUGCCACGACUUCGCAAAAUGUCACUUACACCACACCGAUGGAAACUGAUUCUACUUAUACAGUACCAAUUAGUGAGACAAGCACUCAGGAAAUUACAGACACGGAGAUUACUACGGAAUUUUAUCAAACAAGUACUGAUAAUUUAAUAAAUGAACUUACCUCUACACAAACAACAAUUAGUGGAAGUAUGACAAAUACAACGACUAGCAACAUACAAGAAAACACUAGUACAGAUACCACAGCUACAUAUACUGAAAUAACAAAUACAAUAACAACUAUGUCACAAAGUAUACCAAAUACAGAUAUCUCAACACAAAGCUAUCCUACGAGUACUUCCGUAACUACUUCAGAAGUCGUUACAGAAGUACCUGAAAUUAUUACAACCGAAGUUUUGAAAACAACUACAAGUAUAACAACUGUGAGUGCUGAAACAAUCACGCAAGGAGAAACUUCUACAAAUGCUACAACUGAACAUAAAGUAACUGAAACCGAAACAACUUCAUCCGAGUUUUUAUCGACGACAGGUACAGAAUCAAUACUCACUUCUACAAGAACCUCUGAAAAUGCUACGAGUACAGAAAUAAACUGGACUAAUACAAUGACGUCAUUUGAUUCAACUUAUUCAGACACAACCACAUCACAAGGACUAACUAAUACCGAUUCAGAAAUGGAGUCGGAGCUAAUUAAUACAAAUUCGACAGAAAAAGUCACAGAAAUAUAUUCAAGCACAAUUGGCGAAGUGAGUCAAGAAAAUUCUACUACAGAAAGUAUAACGUUUACUCUCACUACAGCAAAUGAAACGAGCGAGAGAAGUACGACAGCAUAUACCGAUGUAUAUGAUACAACUACACCACAAGGACUUACUUAUACUGAUUCAGAAACGGAGUCAGAGCUAAUUAAUACAGAUUCGACAGAAACAGUGACAGAAAUAUAUUCAAGUACAUUUGGCGAAGUGAGUCAAGAAAUUUCUACUACAGAAAGUAUAGCUUUUACUCAUACUACAGCAAAUGAAACGAGCGAGAGAACUACGACAGCAUAUACUGAUGUAUACGAUACAACUACACCACAAGGACUUACUUAUACUGAUUCAGAAACGGAGUCAGAGCUAAUUAAUACAAAUUCGACAGAAACAGUGACAGAAAUAUAUUCAAGUACAUUUGGCGAAGUGAGUCAAGAAAUUUCUACUACAGAAAGUAUAGCUUUUACUCAUACUACAGCAAAUGAAACGAGCGAGAGAACUACGACAGCAUAUACUGAUGUGUACGAUACAACUACACCACAAGGACUAACUUAUACUGAUUCAGAAACGGAGUCAGAGCUAAUUAAUACAGAUUCGACAGAAACAGUGACAGAAAUAUAUUCAAGUACAUUUGGCGAAGUGAGUCAAGAAAUUUCUACUACAGAAAGUAUAGUUUUUACUCAUACUACAGCAAAUGAAACGAGCGAGAGAACUACGACAGCAUAUACUGAUGUGUACGAUACAACUACACCACAAGGACUUACUUAUACUGAUUCAGAAACGGAGUCGGAGCUAAUUAAUACAAAUUCGACAGAAACAGUGACAGAAAUAUAUUCAAGUACAUUUGGCGAAGUGAGUCAAGAAAUUUCUACUACAGAAAGUAUAGCUUUUACUCAUACUACAGCAAAUGAAACGAGCGAGAGAACUACGACAGCAUAUACUGAUGUGUACGAUACAACUACACCACAAGGACUUACUUAUACUGAUUCAGAAACGGAGUCAGAGCUAAUUAAUACAAAUUCGACAGAAACAGUGACAGAAAUACAUUCAAGUACAUUUGGCGAAGUGAGUCAAGAUAAUUCUACCACAGAAAGUAUAACUUAUACUCAUACUACAGCAAAUGAAACGAGCGAGAGAACUACGACAGCAUAUACUGAUGUAUACGAUACAACUACACCACAAGGACUUACUUAUACUGAUUCAGAAACGGAGUCGGAGCUAAUUAAUACAAAUUCGACAGAAACAGUGACAGAAAUAUAUUCAAGUACAUUUGGCGAAGUGAGUCAAGAAAAUUCUACUACAGAAAGUAUAACUUUUACUCAUACUACAGCAAAUGAAACAAGCGAGAUAACUACGAAAGCAUAUACGGAUAUAGACAAUACAUCAGAAAUUACCAAUACUAUGAUUACUGAGACGGAUUCAACAAGAGCUGAAAGCAGUGGUUCAUCACAAGAAACUGAUUCAGAUUCAAGUACAGUACAGGAAGUGACUACCAUAUUGACAAGUACAUCAACUAAUCUAACAGAUUUUGAAACAAUUUUCCCCACGACUAUAACAGAAUUACCCCCACCACAAACAAACACAACGAUAAACAGUGCUACCGAAUCUUCAACUUAUCAAGAAAACACUGAGUUAACAACAUCAAAACAAGAUACAACAUUUAGAACAACUAGUGAAGAAAUACCACCAGCACCUUCCAGUAGCCCACCUGAUAUUGAAAUCAUGACAGACAGCACCACAGCAGUUAUAUUAACCACAGAAAGCCUUGUUAACGAAAACACACGAGGCUUUUGGAAUUCCGUCACAAUCACAAUAUCAGUUCUCCUCCUAGUAGGAUGUCUCUCGUUAUUCGCAUUUUGUUUUUAUGUGCUUGGUAAGAGAAGAACACGAAGAGUACUUUCACAAGAUUUGCAAUAUUUGAAUGACAUUGAAGAUCUUCCUAGACCUAUUACUUUACCGAGAGCUAGAAUUCACGUGUAA